CUAUCUCUACAUUGAUUAGGGGACAGUGAAAAUUAAUGUCACCAAUUUGCUGUGGGGAGGCUAUAUCUAAUGCAAAUUCUCUUUCAAAUUCACUUUCUCUACUUUUACUGCUUUUCCUUUCAAGGGGCCUAUAUUAAUUAAAUCAUAACACCAGAAUUUUUCUCUGCAAAAUCUACUUUCUCAUCUCAAUCUAAGAAAAAAUCAAAAGGAUGAGCUUUAAGAAAUUGUUUCUUCUUUACUUUGUUUUCAUUCUAAUCUCUUCUAUCUUCAUCUCUUCUACGUUCUCAUCACAACAAUUACAGAGAAAACAGAGCAUUGGUGGUACAAGAAAAUUGUUCUCAGUUGAAGAAACAGAGGAUGAAGAUUAUUUACAAAAGCCAAAGAAGAAGAAAACCAUCAAACAAGAUGAUCAAGAUACUCCAAUUGUAAAACCAAAGAAGAAGCCCAUCAAGGAAGAUGAUCAAGAAGAGAUUCAGAAACCCAGCAAACAAGACGAUGAUGAAGACAUUCAAAUUCUGAAACCAAAGAAGAAAACCAUGAAACCCGUUACAAAAACUUCAAACAAAAACACAACAAUCUCAAUUAGUCUACCAAAAACCCUACUAGUCAAGAAACUCAAUUCCACUAAAUCAUCAAGUCCAAGCACAAAGAAAUCACAUCAUCUUUCAAAAGAAUCAAAACCCGUAUCCACAUCCAAAAACAAAACCCCAGAACUACUCAAAUCCAACAAAAUACAAACAGAGAACAAACCAAAGAAACCCAUAACUCCAAUCUGGAUGCUAGAAGAUGAUACAACAGAUUUCAUAUCAGAAUUCACGGAGUUACCAUCAAGGUUUCAAGAAACACUAAUCCCAGAUCUUGAAAGGAUGUCAACAAAAUCAAAAGCAUAUAUAAACAGAGCAAACAAAGAAAUCACAGAAGGUUACAUCAAACCAUACAUUGGCAAAACAAAUGCCAAAAAAUAUGCAUCACAAAUCGCUUCAAUAAUCUCAGCCAUUUCCAUCCUUGUGCCACUCAUUCUAGUCUCAUUAAUCUUCAACAAGAUUAAAACUUACUUCUCAUUACAAAAAAUCAUCAUUUUUAUUCAAAUUUACUUAUCAAUUUACUUCUCAAUCCUCUCAUUAUCUGCAUUAAUCACCGGUCUCGAACCAUUGAAAUUCUUCUUCGCUACAUCGCAAUCCAGAUACAUUUGUUUGCAGAUUUUGCAAACACUUGGGUAUGUCCUGUAUUUGCUGUUACUGUUAAUGUACUUAGUUUUAGUGUUUUCUACUGAAACUGGAUUAAGCACUAAGGUGUUAGGAUUAGGACAGACUAUUGUCGGGUUUGCUGUUGGGUUGCAUUACUAUGUGACUGUGUUUCAUAGAGCUGUUUUGAAUCAACCACCGAAGAGUAAUUGGAAGAUUAAUGGAGUUUAUGCUGUUUGUUUCCUGGUUAUUUGUGUGUUUGCUGGUGCUGAAAGAAGAAAGAAAGCUUAUUUGGAAGAUGGUGGUGAUGAAGGCAAGAAGAGCUAAUAAUAAUUAAGAUUUUUAUUUUUGUUUUUAAAUUAAGUGUAAAUCAAAUGGAAGAAUAUCAUUUGAACUUUAUAUUUUUUAUAAUAAUGCGAUAUUACAUAAUUAAAUAAACUAGAACCAAGUUAAAUCCAGACCGUAGAUAUCUUUACUACUAUUAUUCUACUGGAGAGGCGUUUGCUGCUUGUUAACGUUGUAAAUCAAAAUGCAGUGGCAUCCAUGUCCAUAUUUUCUGCCUCAA